CGACCGACAGCCCCGCGCUGCACCGUCAACACGAACUUCGAAGUGAACGAGUGCGACAGCACGGCUCUUGGGACAUCCCCGAAUCCAUCUCUCGCGUUCAGACACACGCGCGACACCAGAUCAUGACGACGAUGGAUCCGUUCCCCAACUUCUCCCUCGACGGCCUCGGCCUCGAGCUCGGCCGCGGCUCCAUGGGCGGAAUCGACAGCGUCAUCCCUUACGAGCACUGGACCGUCGACGAGGACAAGCACUUCGAGACGUCCCUCGCUCAGAUUGGCGAUCUCGACAGCGACGACAUGUGGGGCCAGUUCAGCGCCCACAUCCCCGGCAAGUCCAUGGUUGGCCUCAAGCGCCGAUUCAACCUCCUCCAGGAGGACAUCAAGAACAUCGAGUCCGGCCGCGUGCCCCUCCCGCACUACGAGAACCACGACGGCGUGCUCAACACCGAGGGCGUCGUCGCGCCCGCCAAGGUUGACACCGCGCCCGUCGCGCCCGCGCCCGCGACGCAGACCAACUCCGGCGGGUCCAACGGCAGCAAGUCCUCGUCCAAGAAGAAGGGCGGCAAGGCUCCCGCCGCGAAGACCUCCGAUCAGGAGCGUCGCAAGGGCAUCCCCUGGACCGAGGAGGAGCACCGCCUCUUCCUCCUCGGCCUCGCCAAGUUUGGGAAGGGCGACUGGCGAUCCAUCAGCCGCAACUUUGUCAUCUCCAGGACCCCCACGCAGGUUGCGUCCCACGCGCAGAAGUACUUCAUCAGACUCAACUCCCUGAACAAGAAGGACAAGAGGCGCAGCUCCAUCCACGACAUAACCUCCGUCAACGGCGCGGGCGACUCGGCGCCCAACUCGUCCCAAAACGGCCAGCCCAUGCCCACCAUGGUCCCCAUGCAGCCGAUGGCGUCCGGUCCGAUGUCGGGCAACGGGUACUACGGCGCUCCGAUGGGUAACUCCAUGGGGUACAUGCAGACCCCGGGCAUGCAGACCAUGUACGUGCAGCAGCCCAUGUAAUUGACCAUGGGGACGCUGUGCUUCGCUACGCCGCCGCUGCGCCGGGGAGGGUUGGGGGGAAGUGUACCAUCGAGGGAGUGAGGGAGGAGGUUGGGACUGGAAAACGGUUGGAGUGACAAGGCGACGGGAUGCAAUUCGCCCGUACUGAGGAGGUUACACACAUCGACGCGCGACACAUUAGUCCGACGCGUCGUGAGGCGCACUGCAUUAAGUGCGACUCUCGGGGAUUUUUUUUGGGGAGAAGGGAACUCGCUACCUAAAGCGACAAGGAGACAACGACGACGCGAACGAACCGACCAAGAUGAGUCGGAAAUAAACAUAUUGUAGCAUCAGAACGCGUCUGUAACUGAUUAGAGUCUUCUU